AUGGCCGAUAAGCUGCGCACGCUUCAGAACCUCGAGGCACUUCAGGCCCGCUACAUUGGCACAGGACACGCCGAUACAACCAAGUACGAAUGGACAUCCAACAUCAUUCGCGACAGCUAUGCUUCUUACAUCGGACAUCCACCACUCCUCCAAUACAUGUCCAUUGGCAUGGGCGAAUCAAAGGAAAAAGUUAGAGCUGCGAUGGUUGAAAAGAUAGUUCGAGGAGCAGGAAAUCCGCCAGAUACAAGUGAAUGA